AUCACAACAAAUCAGUGAUCAACAACAACAUCAGCAAAUAAAAUAAUUCAUAUGAUAUAUAAUUUUUUUUCUUGACAUAUUUUUAAGACAAUUAAUUAAAAUAAUAAUAUAAAAUAUAAAUUACAAAGAUGAAUAUGUUCGGAAGUAAAAGAAAUAAUUUACCACCUCGUCCAAGUCUUCCACAAGGACAACAGAUUAUGGAAGAUCUUAAAAACGCUAAACCAAAUGACGUUGCUUUUAAUGUCAAUAAAAAUGACAAUAAACAAUACAAUUUACAUUUUCCAACAAAUGUCAAUGAUGCUGAAACAAUUUACCGCCAAGCUCGACGAUACCUCGAUGGGAUUGAACAAUUAAAAGUACUUUCUGAAAGUAUAAAUAACGAACAAACAGAAUUGCAAGCCAGUUACCAAGAGAUUGUUAAGCUGGCCAAAGAUAUUCGUGAUCAAGCACAAGCAGUUCUUGUUACAUAAAUUUUUUUUAUUAUAUUUUUGUAUAUAAAACAUUAUAAUUAUUAAUAAUUAAUAAAUAUUUAUUAUUAAAUUUUA